CAAUAUAAUAAUAUAAUAGUUUAAAUCAUGUUAACAUAUUAAUCAUAACGUUAAUCUUUAUAAAAUGUACACGGAAGAUGGCAAUAUUAUUCUCAAAUUAAAAAAAAAUUAAUGUGUAGGUAUAAUAGUAAUAUAUAACUUUUAUGUGUAUCGAUUUCAAAUUAACUUUUUAUUAUGAAUACUAAAACAAUCGCAGUAACUGUGUUUUAUAUGGUAUUACAAGGAUACCAUGCAAUUAUUUAUCCAUCUGAUUAUGCAUGUACGUUAUGUGAAGACCCUACGCAAGUAACAUUUAAUUUUAUAGUGGUCGGAGGUGGAAGUGCUGGCGCAACGGUAGCUGCUCGUUUAAGUGAAAUACCCGAAUGGAAUGUCUUACUAUUAGAAGCUGGAGGUGAUCCACCAGAAUCAACCGAAAACCCACUUUUAUGGAACCAUAAUCUGAGGACAAAAUAUGAUUGGACAUUUUUUUCGGAACAAAACCCUUUAUUUUUUAAAGGAAUGGAAGACGAGAGAUGUAUUAUAUCAAGAGGUCUUAUGUUAAGUGGAUCGUCGUCAAUUAAUGCAAUGAUAUACUUGCGAGGUACUGUAGAAGACUUUAGACAAUGGAAAAAUAAGUAUGGUUGUUACGGAUGGGACUAUGAAGAUGUUUUACCAUAUUUUAAAAAAUCAGAAGACUUUGUAGAUUUAAGUAGACUUGACCCAGAAGUCCAUUCAGUAGGAGGAAUGUUGACUGUGACACCAUUAACAACAUUCGAUCCAGCUUAUACGGUUAUCGCUGAAGCAGAGCAGUCUAUACAUUUAAUUGAAGUGAAUGAUUUCAAUAGAAAAGCACCAGUUAUCGGAUACGGUAAUUUUGAUUCGACCACUCGUAAUGGCCGUCGGUGUAGUACAUUAAAAGCGUUUUUAAUGCCAGUAUUACACGGAUACCAUGCAAUUAUUUAUCCAUCUGAUUAUGCAUGUACGUUAUGUGAAGACCCUACGCAAGUAACAUUUAAUUUUAUAGUGGUCGGAGGUGGAAGUGCUGGCGCAACGGUAGCUGCUCGUUUAAGUGAAAUACCCGAAUGGAAUGUCUUACUAUUAGAAGCUGGAGGUGAUCCACCAGAAUCAACCGAAAACCCACUUUUAUGGAACUAUAAUCUGAGGACAAAAUAUGAUUGGACAUUUUUUUCGGAACAAAACCCUUUAUUUUUUAAAGGAAUGGAAGACGAGAGAUGUAUUAUAUCAAGAGGUCUUGUGUUAGGUGGAUCGUCUACAAUCAAUGGAAUGAUAUACCUGCGAGGUACUGUAGAAGAUUUUAGACAAUGGAAAUAUAAGUAUGGUUGUUACGGAUGGGACUAUGAAGAUGUUUUACCAUAUUUUAAAAAAUCAGAAGACUUUGUAGAUUUAAGUAGACUUGACCCAGAAGUCCAUUCAGUAGGAGGAAUGUUGACUGUGACACCAUUAACAACAUUCGAUCCAGCUUAUACGGUUAUCACUGAAGCGGAGCAGUCUAUACAUUUAAUUAGAGUGAGUGAUUACAAUAGUAAAGAACCAGUUAUAGGAUAUAGUGAUUCUGAUUCGACCACUCGUAAUGGCCGACGGUGUAGUACAUUAAAAGCGUUUUUAAUGCCAGUAAGUAAUCGUUCCAAUCUAUAUGUAGCAAAAAAUACUAUUGUUACUAAAAUUAUAAUUGUAGAUGGUGUAGCAGUAGGAGUAGAAUUCAAAUGUUCGUCAGGUGAAAUUAAAUCAGUUUUUUGUACGAACGAAGUGGUAUUGUGUGCUGGACCUAUAAAAAGUCCACAACUUCUUAUGCUUUCCGGAAUCGGACCAAGAGAACAUUUAAACGAACACGAUAUUCAUGUCAUUAAUGACCUACCAGUCGGUUUAAACUUACAAGAUCAUAUGUCACUUCCAGCAUUAGUAUUUACAGAUCGUAAAUGUAGACCGAUUGAGGACAUAAAAAAAGAAAGUAGCGACUUGUUGAAAAAAGAAAUGAGCUUAUUUUUAAAAAAUACACCAACACUUGGCCUUAGUAAGCUUAUGACAUUUUAUAAAUCUAAUGACGAUUUAGUGUACCCUGAUUUGCAAAUUAUAAAAUUCAGGGUCCCAUUUAACGCAACAAACUCUUUACCGAAUAAAAUAAAUUUGUUUACCAACAGGUUUGGAUAUUCUAAAGAAGUAACAAAUGUAUACGAUGAAUUAAAUUUAUUAAGUGAUAUUAUAGUUAUGGCACCAAUUAUUUUACAACCAUUAAGUACCGGUCGGAUUAAAUUAAAAUCAGUUAAUCCAUUAGAUGAUCCGAGCAUUAUUUUAGAUUAUUUAACUCACGAGGAAGAAAUAGAAACUUUAUUAAAGGGUAUUGAAUUUAUUGUAAAAUUAUCUAAAACUAAACAUUUUAUAGAUGCUGGGCUUGUAUUAGAAGAGUUGAAAUUACCAAAUUGUGCUGAUUAUGUUUGGGACACUCGAGAUUAUUGGAUUUGUGUCAUUCAGAACUUAGCAGCUCCUUUUUAUCAUGUCGUUGGUUCUUGCAGAAUGGGUUCAAAACAUGAUCCUUGUUCUGUUGUUGAUACUAAAUUAAGAGUGAAAGGAAUAAUUGGAUUGCGGUUGAUAGAUAGCUCAAUUAUGCCGAAAAUUGUUUCUGUAAACACUAAUGCAGCUGCAAUUAUGAUUGGGGAAAAAGGUAGUGAUAUAAUAAAAGAAUGUUAUGGAAAGCUUUAAAUAUUAUAUUCUUUAAAUAUAUAUAUGAAUUUAUUUUCAUUAGUAGAUAUACCUAUUUUAAUAAAUUUUAAUAGAGAAAUUUAAAUUA